UUGUACUAAAUUUUCAUAAAAAUAUACGUAUAUUAAUUAAUAUUUAGUAUACUUUUUAAAUAGUUUAUUAAUUGCUUGAGUUGGCCGGAAGUGACGAUAAGUCGAAGGAUACAAAGUUUUCCAGUGAUUAACUCCUGGACGACGAGAAGUUAUUUUGAUAAUUUUCGAGGAGAAUUAAACUAAUAUGUCGACCUCACAAGCCGUCAAAAUCCCAGCCGGACUCGAACUAGCGUACGACUUGGAGAAGGCGAAUAUUGAAAAUGGCCUUGACGCCUUUGUCCUCACCCUUCAUUGGUCCAUAAUUAGGACCGGAUUGCUUCAAAGGGUCCCAAACUCAGCGACCAACGAACUAACGGAACGGCUCCCCCCUGAUUGGCCUCAACAUGGUUCGUCCCAUCCAAAUUCGGCGACGAGAAGUUUGAGCCUCUUCUACUACGACAGACUGAACCCUCACUUGCGAUAUGAACUUAAAGUGAUUGAAUUAACGGCCAACGACAUGGUGGCCGUGACCCUGUUUCGAUCUCCGAUUACGACUACGCCACCACCAGCGACAAGUGUGGAUUCUACGCCGCCGGCGAAUAAUCCGAACCGACCAGCUUCAAAGGUUACUUCCGGCGUGGAGAAGAAUAGUGCUGCGGCGACGUUUCAAAUUCCAAAUUUUAUCAGGACUUCCGUCUUUGAUGGUGAAGGGAGUAGAGAUAGGGCGACGGACGUGUACGAACAUGCCGACCGAUUGGAGACGCAGCUUUAUGAGAAUAUUAUGGAACCGUUAGGAUUAAGGGUGAUGGGUCAACCACCAGUCCAAGGACCGUAUGAUGAUGGGUCAAAAAAGACGUCGACUCCGGCAGCGGCGACGACGGAGGGGGAAGGGCGACAAAGUAGAGAUCCCUUGUUGGAUGAGAGGUUUGUCUAUCCAGAUUUUGGGCGCAGGCCGUCCCCCCUCGGGCCGGGAAUGCCGUUGGGUCCAUUGCAUAUUCCUCCGAUCGGUGGAGGGCUUGGGAGGUCAGAUUUGGACCCUUUAGGCAGAUUUGGGGCCGGAAAUGUGUUAGACCCGAGAGGAUUUCGACAGCCACGAGGAGGUGGAAUUAUGCCAGGUUUACCAGGUGGAAUCCCUCCCGGAGCAAGAUUUGACCCUUUCGGACCCCCAAAUCCGACUCGACCGGAUGGAGGAACCGGUGGGAUGUUUGCUAUGCCAAAUCCAGACGUGGAACGGCCUCCAUCUUCCGAUUAUGAUGAUAUGUUUAUGUAAAAUUUGUACAUUUUCGUUUUGUGGAGGAGUUUAUCUAAACAAUUUAUGAAUACAAAUAUUAUAUUCGUGCGAUUCGCUACUUCUCUGCCGUUUUUUGUGCAAUAGUUUAUUUACUAUAUUGUAUUGUCCUAAAUAUUUGGCGUUUCUGAAAUAAUAAUAAGCAUACGCGUAAAAU